GUCGUGCGGUGAAGGCGUACUGCGUUUCGAUAUCGCGGAAAUCAGUAUCAGUACCGUUUUUUUUCUUGAUUCAGUUUUGUGCAUUAGAACGCGCGGAAGGGUGAAACGGCAAUAAAAAUUGCUUGCAUUAGUUGCCUCUCUGUCGGUGUUUUUUCUUUUCCGCCGUCCUCGUUUCGCGCUGGCCGUCGUCAUCGUCUGUCGUUGGGGACGACUGAGGAAGCAGUGAGAAGAGGGUGAACUGAAAAGGCGACGAGAAAAACAUCGCUUACUACCAUCUGAAGGGGGAGGUGAAAACUCGGAUCAUCCGCAAACUUUUGUGGGCAGUGGAUUCGCGCGAAGGACGGGAAGAUUGUUUUCGGGGGGAAAGGAAUAAAAAGAAGAAGAUUGGUGAGCUUGUUGAGAAUCGUCAGGCUUGGAUCGGCUCUAUUCGAGAGCUCUUGCAUCACAGACUUGUUAGUUUACGAGCAGCUAACGACGUAAAAAGAAUAGCAACACAGUGUACGCACAUGUCGCAUAUUGUGUGUGCUUUGAAUGCAUUUUAAUUGUGCAUUUGCAAGCAAUCCAUCGUCGAUUUAGAACUCCCAAAAGCUUAUGAUUAAUUAAAAUAAAAUUAAACAACUGCGCCGGGUAGAAUUGAAUGCUUAAGAAAAUAGCAACCUAAAAUUCACAUGUGCAAAGUGAAAUGAAAAACGAAAGUGUCGAGAAGAAAACCAAGGGAAGAAGAAACCUAAUCAAAAGCUAGAAAGUUAAACCCACUCGAAAGAAGCAAAUAAACGUGCAAAGAGUGCAGCAACAUAACAAGUGUAUCAUUCCUGUCCACUGCUUACAGGCAAAUACAAUUGCUGUAACGACGCAGACACAAAUAUUUAUGGAUUAAUUUGUGCUGCCAUUCUUGUUGCUUUAUUAGGAUUUAGCUGACAUCGCCGUAGAUACCACUAUGGAUAUUAAGGUCGUCGGUGCAGCAUGUGCCUACCGGGGAUCAUACACAUUCUACAAGGGCGUUAAGAUCACAUUUUCCAGCAGAGACUCCUUGUCGACGGUUGCAGCCACAGCAACGACGGACGUGACAGGCGUGUCCGGUCCAUCGACAUCCUCGUUAUCAUCCUCGUCGCACCAAACAUCGACCCCGUUGUCCACCGCAACCGGGACGGUACCAUUGGUGACCGUACCUUCCGGUCAGCAGGGCCAGAAAAGCGCCAGUCAAAGUAGUUCCGACAGCAACACUAGUAGCAACAACAACAAUAACAACAACAGCAAAACGCAAACCAACGCCAAUGCGAAGCCAAAACAGACGCAACGAAAAUGUGUCAGUGAAAAUAACAGCACCGCGACCGGUGUGAAUAAUUUAUGUAAUGCCACGGCAGCGGAAAAAGAAAACCCGCGACCGAUGGUGCUGGCCCUGGGCGAUUGCUUCCCAGUACGGCCAUGGUCGGACUCACCGAUAGCGUGCCUCGCCGAGCUGCGGAUGGUCUGGAAAGAUCGCAACGAGCAAUGCCUUUUGAUUGCGCUUCGAUUGUACUUCCUGCCCGAAAACACACCAUCCGGCCGAAACUGCCAUGGAGAGGACGAAGUGCUGGCCAUUUCCGAUAAAGUAAUCCUCCGAGCGGAUGAUCUGCUAACGUGGAUAACAAGUGAUCUGGAGUGGAACUGGGGCCUUCGGACGACGUACAAUAAACACAGUGCGAAAGAUGCAAUGGCAACCACCCGCUUUCUCAGCAAGCAUGCGUCACUGGACUUCGGAGAUGUAGACAAGGAGAAGCAUACCGCCGAGAACGUCGCAUCGAAAAUUGCAGUGGUCAGCUUUUCCCGUUACUGUCGCUACCGAGCCGUACUGAAACGCCUGGAAGGAGUGGACGAUGAGUGGCUUCGGAAUACGCUGGUGGAGACCCUCAGUGGGUAUGUGGCCUCUACACCCAACCUGAGGAUCAUGUUCUGCAAGGACACGUUCGACUAUCCCGAGCUGGAAACUCACGAGCUGUUGUGCAACCAUUUGGCGCCAAAACUGAAAGGCCGACCGCGGGGCAAACGGAAGAAAACGCUUUCGGAUUCGUCAUCAAUGGUCGUCAAAAAGGAGGGCCUUUCCGAGGAGAGCGAAUCCAACGAUACGGAUGUGUCGGAUUACUCGUACAGUAAGGUUUCACCCUCCAAAAAGGUCGAUCUUCAGACAACCCCUCGGUAUAAUCCCAGGCCAUCCAGGGGCGCACAGACCGUGAAAACGCCUGUGGAUCCAAUUGCGGUGCCUCCCGUGCCUUUGCCGGUUCCAGCGAGUAAAAAAGACAAAAGUAAACCGAAGUCCACAAAGAGCAAAAGCAAAAAGUCGAAGGCUGGCCGUAAACCAAAGGUUUCCCCAACGACCAAAGCGGCAGACGAGAGCGAAGCGGAAGAGGAUAUCGAAGAUACCUCUGUGUGCGAAGAAACCACUCUGGGUGACAAAGCGGAACCGGAGCACACGCCUGUGGCAGAGGAGGACGAAGCAGGGCGGGAGGAAGAACUGGAAUGCAAGUUGUUCAGGAUUCAAGACGGAAUGGUACCAGAUGAAAAAGAUUUCCUUCAACGAGUUGAGCAGUAUCUGGACGAUAAGGCAUUGUCGUAUGCAAAUAGUCAGGCGGUGGCGCUAAAAGAUGUCAAACUUUACACCAUAUACACCCGAGUACUCAACAUCGGAGGCUACAGCGAAGUGAGCUCAAAAAACCAAUGGAAUCAAUUGCUUGAAGGCACAGGUGGUGAAAAUGGAGUCAUGUCUCGAAAGAAGUACGAAAAGAUAUUGCUGCCAUACGAAAAGCAUCAAAAGGAUAUUGCCGAGGCCAUCAAAAAGGAAAUCGACGAACAGCAGGUUUGCCACGAAAGUCAAAUUUCUCCUACACCUCGAGAAUCGGACUUCAAGGAAACUAUCGUGGAAGUUAAGAUCGAGAGACAAAAAUCCAUCGAUGAAAAAGAGAUUGUUGUCAAGGAGGAAUUCAUUGAAGACAAGGAGAAUAAGGAGGCAUCUGCUGAACUACUGGAAGACAUUGCAGUGAAAAAAGAAGUGGAGGAAACUAAGGCAUCCGAAUCACCGAAAGAUGAUUCUGUGGAAGUACAAAGUAAAUUAACAGCGAAGGCGCUAUCUCCUCUAUUGGAAAGUACCAACAGCAACAGUAGCACAGUAAUGGGUAGUCCCAAUGGGGUCCAUUUGGGCAUGUCACCAGUAUCCGUACCGUUGACUGUUAUCGUGCGCCCCAAUAUUGAUGAAAAGGAUCAACAAUCGUCACAGAUACAAAUCAAUCAGCCGCAUACAACUAUUACGGUGCACCAAACCACCAUCCAUCCUCAAAAUAAUCAGCAACCAAAUAGUCAGCAGAUCAGUGGACAAAGUCCCCAGCAUAUAACGAAUCAAAUUCAAAUCACCAACCAGAUACAAAUACAGCAAAUUACCGUGCAAUCGAGCGAUAAAAGCUCUAGUGGUGGUCAAAAUGACGCCUCACAAUUUAAGUAUAGCUUUAAGCAAGACAAAUCUGGUCAGGAAAUCAAUAUCGAGUCACCAUCAGCGGACAACUCUAAAGGUGCUAACUUUGAGAACAACAUAAGUGCAACAUUGUUCCCUGUCAACACGGAUCCCGAUCUAACAAUCAAAGAGGUUUCGGUGUGUCCCACCAGUGGCACAGUGUCGAUUAGUACCUCCAGCGCCAAUCCUCCGCCAAGUUCAAAUACACCAUCGAAAACAUCAUCACUUCGAAAUGUACGCAUGAAGGCUGACAGAAAGUUAUCUGGUAGUUCGUCAAAUCUUACCUCCGUGCCAGCUGGUAAACCAAUUGAAAAAGAAAACAUUGCUUUACUCAGUGCUGCUAGAGGUCUUUUCGGUAGGGAAAGCCUUACCACAAUAACUCCAAUUGCAUCCAGUUUGUUGGGUAGCUCAGCAGGAGCAGCUAUGUUGGCCGGCUUAGCUUCGGGUUUGAGUGGAAACGCUAUGGGAUCCGUAGAAAGUGGAACAUCCAAACCCAAUGUUCCAUCUCCCACUGAAGUAAUUGAUCUCGUUGACAGCGACAAUGAGAGUGAUUCAUCCACUCCUACGAAGAGCACUCCUUGUAAUAUCAACACAGCCAAACAAGCAGGGCUAUCGGUUCGACCAAAUCCUUCGCUGCUCCCUCCAAUGAAAAAGCGCAAAUUAGACAUUUUACGGGAGGGUGGCCUCGAAGUCACGCCCAUAUCUAACGAAGCCAUUCUCUCUGCCAUGAUGCAAAAUCCAAUUCCGCAGCCGACCACCAACCCAAUGCGUAUAAAUAUUACUGCCGAGUUAAGUCCCCAACGGGGAAAAGCUUCUGACGAGUCCCGAUCUCGAGAUAGAAAAUUUAUUCCCAUUCAUGCACAGGGAAUGUAUGCGAAAACUGGACAAAUCUUCGGAAAUCCCAAAGAUAUUCCCGUUGUUCCCACAGUCAAAACUAGGGAAAUUGCAAUUCCGGAACCAAUUGAUUUAUUAGACCUAACAGGAAGUGGAAAUUCAUCUCCUGAAAAUCUAUCCGCUAAAUGUUCAGCUGGACUGGACUUCACGGCAGCAUCUUCUAAGCAGCGAACGAUUUCGAAUUCCAGCGCAGGGCGCGCUCCUCGAACUGCUCCUAGUUUACAAAUUACGCUGGUACAUGGAUCAAAUCAAACGCCAUUGCAAAUUCCUCAACCACCUGCACCAAAUCCGCAGCAGAAAAAUUCUCCGAAUGUGAAGAAAAAGCCUUUCGAGAUCGUGCCAUUGUCCACUGCUGGCGGUACACCUCCAACUGUUUUACCGAAAAUACCCAGUCCCAAAAUCUCUUUGGGACCAUCAUCCUCCGGCUCGUCAACAUCCAGCUCGAAUGGAACCGGGUCGAAUCCAAACUCACUCCUUGAAACCGGACUUCUUUUGGCAAACCUGCAAAAAGCGAAUCCACUUCUUGUCGCCAGCAUCCUUUCUUCAUCUGGACUGUCAAAAACAUCAAUCCCUGGUUUGACACAGCUUCUGGGCACUUUCACGGAGCAGCCACCAGUUGCGCCGAAGAAAACGACACGCCGAAGAUCCAAUUCUCAGGCCCAACAACAGCCUCAACAACAACAACCACCUCCUCUCUUGCAGCAGAUGACUCCUCCCCAAAUUCCUCCACAUUUUCAAUCCACUCAAAAGAGUAUUCCAUCGCCACAACACCCGCCCCCCGCGGAUUCCCCGUUGUCCCACCCGUUGAGUCAGCAAAUCAAACUCUUGCAGCAAGUACAGCUGCAGCAGCAACAAAAACUGCUGCUUGAGCAGCAACAAAAAGCUGCCCACGAGCAACAGCAAAAGGCAGCUAUGGAACAAAAACGCAUUCAGGAGCAAAAGCAAAAACAGCUGCAAAUGCUUCAACAGCUUCAAGCGCAGCAGCAAGCUCAAGCGACGGCAGCUGCGUUGUCUGCAGCGGUUUCUUCAUCUUCUGCAAGUACACCGAACGUUCGCGGUGGGCCUUCCAAUUCGCCGGCACCGUCAGGACAAACAGCAGGACCUUUGGGUGGAGGUUUUCCUUUUGAACCGCUUUACCUUUCGGCCAUCUACUCGAAUCCUGCCCUAUAUCUGCAAGCGCUGACUCCGGACCAGUUGAUACAGUUCUGCAAGAAUCUUCCCAAUGUUCCAGGCAUUCCACCGAACAGUAAGAGCUAGCUGCGCUAAGUUCGAACCGUAUUUGUUUCGGCGUAAUGUGUCUAAUGAACAGUCAUGAUAUACGUAUCGUAUGUACCUACAUGCAUAAGUUAGAAGCUUGGAGUGAAAAUGGACAACAAGGAACGAUAAAUUUAGACUAUAGAUAUGCGAAGUAGAACAAAUAAUGAUUUUAUGUACUGUUAGUUUGUAAGGUCAUCGAAAACUGUAUGAUUUUCUGUUGGUUGGAUUAGGGACUAAUUAGAGUAGAUAUUUGUUUUUGUUUAGUUUUCAUCUCGUGAGGAUGAAGCUGAAUUGUUUUUUUUUUCUAUUUUCUUUGAGUAUGAUUAGCUAAUUUGGAUCACCUUAGCAAAAAAUCAGAAUGUAUGGUUAUUGAAUGCAAAUGAAUUGAUUCUGCUAUUGAUGUUUUGUAACAUUCAAAAUGAAA